CGCGUCGUGGUCGCCCUGAACCCCGGCACCCCUGGCACUGCAGCGAUCGUCACGGUCGACGGCGAAGAGUACGACGACCAGGUGGUCGGCAACGCGGACGUGCUCCACUGGGACCUGCUGCCUGGGGGGGCGCCUGGCGGGGUCUUCCCGUGGGCGCCGGCGGCGCGGUACUACCGCUUCCGGGCGAUCCCCACUGUCGCGGCGCUCACCGCUGCCGCCGGCCGCGCCUGCGCCCGCCUGGGCCUCGCGGCGCCUGCUGGCCCCGUGGUGCCCAACGUCGCGGGACGUGCCCCCGCUGCGGCAGCCCCUGCGGCGGCGCCCGCAGGCGCCCUAGCGCUGCCGGCUGGCGGUGCGCCAGGCCCGGAGGGCGGCGGAGUGGCCGCGCUCGUGGCUGCGCUCGGAGGCCGAGCAGGCGGCGCUGCCGGUGGCGCACUCGCCCCGGCGCCAGCUCCAGCCGCUGCUGCGGUCGCACCGGCGGCUCCUGUCGCAGGGGGGGCUCCCGCGCCGCCCGCUGGGCUCGGCGUGCUGGCCCCUGGGCCAGCCGGGCCUGCCGUGGUCGCCGCCCCCGGCGUCGCGCCGCCUGCCGCAGUGCCUGCGCCCGCGGGCGUGCCGGCUGGCGGCGCCCAGGCCAGCCCUGGCGGCGACGCGCGCAUCUUCGCCGUCGUGAGGGACGCGCGAGGAGUGCGGCGUGCCGACUUCCGGGUCAUGGUCGCCCAGAUGGUCGAGCUCCCUUGGCCUGACUGGCCAGUGCGCGGACCGCGCACGCUGCUGUGGGUGCUGCAGUACAUGGCUCAGAGGUCGGGGGCUCCGACGGCCCACCACCAGCGGUGGCUAGCGGAGACGGGGCUCGACCCCGAGUCACCGGGAGUGGACAUCCACCAGAUGGGGCGCAUGGUGUUGGAAUCGGCAGUGACUUACGAUCAGGAGCACGCCGCGAACCUGGCCCACCUCGAACUCGUGGUCCGUUCGGUGCAGGUGCAGGAGGAGCGCUACCGCCAGUUGGUCACCCCGUGUGAUGCCGGCGCGGCGGACCGCGCGGUCAUGAUGGGGUCGCAGGAGCUCGACGGGUCGGCGCGCGUUUGCCCGGCUUUGCGCGACCACCUCGCGCAGGAGCUGCAGCGGGAGAUGGCGGUGGCGAAGGAGAGGCGCAAGGCGCGAGAGGAGCGCGCCCUCGCCGGGGGCGUGCCCGGCCAGCCUGGUGCAGGGCGCGGAAGGGGGAGGCGCGGCGGCGGCCGCGGCGGCCGUGGCGGCGGGCCCAACGCCGCAGGGGGCGAUGGCAGACUCGCCCCGGGGCGGAUGGCCUGGCCAGCCGCCGCCCCCGUCCCCCUUGGCCCCGCGGAGCCCGCCAACAGCGCGGGCUUCUCCCCUGGCGGCGCAGGGCGCCGGCUGCAGGACGACGACCGGCAGCGGGACAUUUUUCCGCUACCGCUGUUGGCUGCUGCUGACGUGGCGCCCCGCGCGUCCGGGACUCGGCGGCGCGUUCGGGCCGGCCAUGCCUUCGCGCACGCGCUGGACCGUGCCAAUGCUGCCGUGCAUGCUUUGAAUGACCUCUACGGCGACCAGUCCUCGCCCGCGCCGACGCCGUCUGCCGGGCAGCGCUGUGCCGCCGCCCACAUUUGGGACUCGGUCGCUGCUCUGGGCCCUGAGCCACCUGAGUAUCGUGACGACGUCUCCGACAUCAACGGGGCCCUGCGGGAGCUCCUUGCUGGGUCCGCGCUGUGCCCUGACGGCGGCGGGCCCACCACUCCUUACGUGCCAGACCUUGUCUCCUGGCCUGAUGUGUCGCAGCCGCCCGCGCCGCUCCUUGGGCUGCUGGGCGAGCGUGACUCUGCCGCGCUGCGGGAGUGGAGGUGCCAAAUGCUCCGCGAGCCCGAGGAGGCGCGGCAGUUGCGGGCGGAGGCGUGCCCGCGCGGCCCGUACACGGACCCUGCGCUGCUGCGCUCGCUGCCCGACUACGCUGCCUUCCUCAGCGCCAUGGUGGAGCGCAGCAUGCUGACGUUUGCCCCUGCGCGAGGGCGCCGGGUUAACAUGGGGAUUUUCUUCGUGCCAGAGAAAAGUGGUCGUCUGAGGGUUAUCUUCGACACGCGGCUCGCCAACUGCGCGUUCGUCGAUGCGCCUCGCACCCAGCUGCCGUCUGCGUCCGCCUGGGGGCGGCUCGAGACGGGCGACGCGCGGGUCUCCAUCGCUUCGGCGGACCUGGACGUGGCCCCGGACGGGAUGGAGGAGUUCUUCGUGCUGCCGCCCAUCCCCGCCAAGCACCUCGCUCCGUACGGGGUCGCUGUGGACGGGGUGGAGGGCGAGUCGCUCUUGCUGCCCCAGGUGGUGGUGCUGCCGAUGGGCUUCAGCUGGGCCUUGCACCUCUGCCAGACGGUGCUGGAGGCAUCGUUGGGCCGCGCUGGUUUCCCUCAGAGCGACCUCAUCCUUGACGGCCGCUGCGGCUGCCAGCUCACGAGCGACCUGGACUCGGUCGCGGGCGCCGGCUACGUGGACAGCUACUUCGUCCUCGGCGGCUCCCCAAAGACUGUGAGCGAGCGGCUGCAGGCCAUCACCGACGACCUGACGCGCCACGGGCUCACCGUGCACGAGCUCGAGCCGCCCUCCCAGGAUCGCGACUUUCUGGGGCUAUCGCUGCGCGAGGGGCGCUGGCUUAGCCUCAGGACGCGCAACAUCUGGCGGUUGCGCGCGGCCAUUCGCGCCACGCUCCGGAGGCAGGUCAUCAGCGGCUUCUUGCUGCGCGUUCUGACCGGCCACAUUCACCUGGGCGCUGCUGCUGCGAAGAGAGCCGCUGGGCCAGUCGCGUCGCCGCUUUGGCCCGCUGUCCGUCAUGAGCUCCAGCUAGUCCACGACCUGCUGCCGCUCUGCACUGUUGACCUUGGUGCCCCGUGGCACGGGCGAGUUGCUUGCACGGACGCCUCGCCAUUUGGGCUGGGCGUCGUCGCUCGUCGCGCCCCAAAGGACCGCGUGGGCACCAUUGGAAGAGUUGCUGAAAAGUGGAGGUACAAGGUCGAGGGAGGUGCGCAGGCGAGGCGUAGGACGAUCGAGAUCAACGGUGAUAACUCGUCCGAGCAGUUCGGGAGCCUCGAGGGCGACUUCGGGGUGAGUACUCAGCUCGUCGGGGAUGGCAUCACCGAGGGCCUGCCGUUCGAGGGCGUCUUGGGAGAGGCCUCUGAGGGCCCGGUCGAGCUGCAGCUGCCGAGGGCUCCUGGGGGCACCGCCAAGUCGAUCAUGGACAUGAGGCCCGUGGUGGACUUCGACGAGGUCCCGUCCCACUUCAUCCGUGGGCCCGCCUGGGGCUCCGUCGCCGCCGUGUACAUCGAGGGGAGGGCCAACAUCCUGGCUCUGGAGGGGGAAGCGCUCGUUCUUGGGUAUCGGCACCUCCUGAGGUCCACAUCCGCGUUCGGGUCUCGGUUCCUCAUCCUCUCCGACAACCUGCCACUCGUCUUGUCCGUCGGUAAGGGCCGGGCCCGCAGUAAACACUUCCAGAGCACGCUUCGCAAGAUCUGCGCGCUCUCCGUGGCCACUGGCUCAACCCUGGCAGUGAGAUGGAUACCCUCUGAGGCGGGCUGCUCGCCCAUGCGGCGGCUUGUGCUGGUGCUGGCACUGGCCCAGGCUGCGGCGGCGGCUCGCCGCUCGGCCGCCCCGGCGCCCUCGGCGCUCCGGGCCGAGCGAGCGAGCCGUGCGCAAGCGCUGGCGGCGGAGACGACGGCGGUGGCGGGGCUGUCGCUGCUCGAGCGGCUGGCGGCGAGGAGCUCGACGGCUCGCCUCUACCGGGGGGCUCUCACCAGUUUCGUCGACUUCUGUGUCGAGCGCCGCCUGGACUGGGCGACGCACUCGGGCCUGGACGAGGCGCUGGUGCUGUACAUGGACAGCGAGUUCCUCCUCGGCGGCGGCGGCAGCCAGGGGAACGUCCUCUUGGCGGCGGUGGCGCACUUCCUCGGUUCGUUCCACAAGCGGACCUCGCUGCUGCUGCCAAGGGCUCACCGCGCGGCUGCGGCGUGGGCGCGGCGCGCGCCUGCGCGCACCCGGCUGCCACUGCCGCGUCGCGUGGUGUUCGCCUUGGCUGGCCUCCUGGUCCACGACGGGUUCCCACGGCUGGCCAUUUGCAUCCUCGUCAUGUUCGCCUCGUACCUCAGGCCUGGCGAGGCGGCGAAGCUGCGCGGGCGGCAUCUGAUAUCGCCGUCGGAGGCGGCGGGCGCCGGCUACCAGUUCUUCGGGCUGCUCCUGCACGAGAGCGGGCAGGGGCCAGGCAAGACGGGCGUGAACGACGAGAGCAUCCUCUUCGAUCGCGAGGCUUGGCUCAACCCGCUGCUGCACGCUCUGAAGCAGUCCACAGCGCCGUCGGAGCCGCUGUGGGGCCAGGAGGUGGGCCGACUGGGCGCGCUGUUCGCUCAGGCCUGCCGUCGGCUGUCGCUGGACCGGCUUCGCCCGCACUUGCACAGCUUGCGCCGCGGGGGGGCCUCGGACGACAUGCUCUCCCAGAGGCGCCAGCUGGGCGAGAUCCAGCGGCGCGGCCGCUGGCGGACAGCCAAGAGCCUGAACCGCUACACAAAGGAGACCAAGCUCUUGGACCAACUCGCCUGGAUCCCGCCCGAGGUGAUGGAGCUCGGGGCCUUCGUCGAGAGCAACCUGGAGGCGCUGGUCGGCGGCUGCCUGCCCGGCUGGCUAGCGACUGGCGGCGACGGCGGCUGCCCGCCGGCGGACGCGGUGAAGCGGCACCUGCAUCGGCAGCAUCGCCGCGCUGCCGCGCCAGGCCGGGCCCUCAGGCGCCGCCCCGUGCUGGAGCUCUUCUGCGGUGCCGGCAGGAUCGCCGAGGCGCUGCUUGCCCGCGGCGUCGCCGCAUUUGGGCUCGACUGGCAGCGCAGCUCACUGGAGGAUCAUGUGUUGCCUGCCUUCAUCGCCACCGUCGUCGGCAGGAUCCGGUCGCGCGCGGUGGGUGCCGUCUGGCUGGGCACCCCCUGCACCAGCUGGACGCGAGCGUUGCGGCGCCCGCUCAGGUCGGACCGCUACCCGUUCGGGCUGCCCGACCUCUCAUCGUCUGAGCAGGCUCGCGCCGCCGCAGGCAAUGCCACGCUGCGAAUGACAGUGAUCAUAAUUCGUGAGUGCAUCUCUGCCCGUGUGCCCGUCUUUCUCGAGAAUCCACAGACCUCGCAGAUCUG